UUUGGACGCUUGCUGCAUGCAGAGGCCUAUGAAGAGGAAGUGGACGAGGGAGAUCAAGAUGAAGAGAAGCCAAAGUUCAAACCCACUGCUCCGAAGAUCCCCGAUGGCGAGAAAGUGGACUUUGAUGACAUCCAGAAGAAACGUCAAAACAAAGAUCUGGUUGAGCUGCAGUCGCUGAUCGACGAUCACUUUGAGCGCAGGAAGAAGGAGGAGGAGGAACUCAUCGCUCUCAAGGAAAGAAUUGAGAAGCGUCGCGCUGAGCGAGCUGAGCAGCAGAGGAUUCGUGCUGAGAAGGAUAAAGAGCGACAGGCCAGGCGGGAGGCUGAGCGGCAGAGGAAGGAGGAGGCCGACGCCCAGAGGAAGGCUGAUGAUGACGCCAAGAAGAAGAUCGCGCUGAGCAACAUGGGAUCAGGCUACAGCAGCCACCUGCAGAGGAUUGACCAGAAGAGAGGCAAGAAGCAGACUGAAAGAGAAAAGAAGAAGAAGGUUCUGGCAGAGAGAAUCAAACCCCUGAACAUCGAGAGCUUCAGCGAGGACAAGCUGAGGGACAAGGCGAAAGAGCUGUGGGAGUGGCUGCACAGCCUGGAGGCCAUUAAAUACGACCACUGUGAGAAGCUCAAGAGACAGAGAUACGAGGUGAUCUCUCUCAGAAACCGCAUCGACGAGCUGCAGAAACACAGCAAGAAGGGAGCCGCCUCUCGCCGCAGGAAGUGAGCGGCUCCUCGGUGCCGGUCCGGCCGGGCAGGAGGCGCUCCGUCGGCCACAGCAGCGGCUCAGACCCCCCCAGAGACAUCCACAGGUCUGGAGCACCCAGUGGACGUCUCAGCGCCUGAGUGAAAUGGUUUCAGGAUGAAUUUAGAAGAAAUAAAAAAAAAAUACAAAAUAAAAUGUGACUGUGUUUGUGUGAAGAACGUGUGAGAGUUCAGACAAUAAAGAGAUAAAAUGAUUGAUUAA